ACAGGAAAACAUAUUGAAUUUCAUCUUUUUCGAAAAAAGAAAUGACGUAAAUCACAGAAUUGCAUUCAGUUCACAUUAGCCUGGCAACUUGAGUAAUACUCUUCCAUCCAAAACGUUUAUCCACAAAAUGCUAAAAUCAACCACAGCUUCCGCCAUAGCUCACUUGCCAACGCUCUUCUCUCUAUCUAAACCCUCCCUCCCAUUCCAAAUAUCUCUCCCGAUCUUACCCUUUUCUGGGUCCUCGAGAUUCGCCUCGCUUCGCUCCACCACAAGGAUGAGCUGGCUGAACAAGCUCGGCUUCGGCGCGCGUUCUGCAACCGAUCCUGCCAUGGACUCCACCUCCUCCGCAAUCGCACAGGGACCCGACAACGACGUACCGGGUCCGGGUCAAAUGUUCGCUCAAUUUGGGGCAGGGUGUUUCUGGGGAGUCGAACUGGCGUUUCAGAGAGUGCCUGGUGUUACCAAGACGGAGGUCGGGUAUUCCCAGGGGAUUCGCGAUAACCCUACCUAUGAGGAUGUGUGUACGGGUAGUACGAAGCACUCGGAAGUAGUUCGGAUCCAGUAUGACCCGAAGGAGUGCAGCUACGAGAAUCUGCUUGACGCUUUCUGGGCAAAACAUGAUCCUACUACACUCAAUCGUCAGGGGGGUGAUGUGGGCACCCAGUACCGAUCAGGAAUAUACUUCUACACACCCGAACAAGAGAAGGCGGCCAUAGAAUCUAAGGAAAAACAGCAAAAGAUUCUCAACAGGCAGAUUGUCACUGAGAUUCUGCCAGCAAAGAAAUUCUACAGAGCGGAAGAGUAUCACCAGCAGUACCUUGCGAAGGGUGGCAGGUUUGGUUCCAAGCAGUCCACCGAUAAAGGAUGCACCGAUCCUAUCCGUUGCUAUGGCUAAGACAUUUGUUUAUAUGUGUGUGUAUUUCAUUCCAUAUUUGCAACUCAGAUUCUACACUCAACUACGGUUGCUCUGUAUGUUUAAUAUGAUUUGAAAUGUGUUUGGGGUGUGUAAUGUGUAUACAAAAUAAUCUCUCGUGUGCGCUAUGUUUGCUUAGAAUAUGUAUGUAGUAAGUUACUUGCUUGAUAUAAUAAUAAUGGGCUUCCAUUAGUUCCAAAUGUUUGCUUUCAUAAUUCAUACUAUGAAUUAUGAAAUGCGUGAUUGAAUUCCAGUCUUCAAGAAAUUGAAUUUCCAUAGUAACCGCUCAUUAUGGCCUAAGAAAAUGCGUAUGAUAUUUGGGUUGAUAGUUACAUAGGUUUUGCUGUAUUGAUUCAUUAACACUGUUGUUAUUUGUGAAUGAAAUUGUGCUUUGUUGAG